AUGUCGACGACAUCGCUAUACGCCAAUUUACCGGAUUCUGUGCGCGAUUUUGUCGCCGCGUCGUCAAAAGACGAAAGCCACCUUGGACAAACGGACGCGGAGAAAAAGGAUGUGACCUCGUGGAUCUCCAAGGCAUCUGAUGCGAGCUUUGCUUCGAAUAGUACGCUCCAAUCCCUCAACGCUGAUCUCGUUUCGCGAACAUAUUUAGUUGGAAACAGUAUAACAGCUGCAGAUACUGCGGUAUAUGGCGUCCUACAUCCCAUCAUCUCGAAACUUAGUCCACAAGAGUAUUAUUCCGUGCCAGCUCUAACACGCUAUUUUGAUCACGUACAGCAUGAUCCAACUGUUCGUGCGGCACCAAACGCGCCUUCCCUGGUCACAUUCGACCUCGAAGGUGCACCCAAACAGGAACGCAAAGUCGAAGCUCCCGUAAAGAAGAAGAAGGAAAAGGCACCAGAGGCAGCCGCUGGCGCAUCCACGGAGGCGGUACCCGCGGCAGACAAGGGCAAGAAGGUGGCAGCGGCCGAAGAGACAUCGACAGCGACUGAGCAACCGGCAACGUCAAGUGGUAAGAAGGAAAAGAAAGAAAAGGCCAAGAAGGAGGCUGCACCGGCCGCAUCAGGGAAGAAAGGAGAGGGGAGCAAGGCAUCUGGCGGAGGUGCGGCAGCUGCAGAUUCGGGAGAUCCUAUACCUUCUAUGAUCGACCUUCGAGUGGGACACAUUGUGGACAUCAAGGUACAUCCCGACGCGGAUGGCCUAUACGUCGAGCAAAUUGAUCUCGGAGAGCCGGAAGGACCUCGUACGGUCAUCUCUGGUCUGGUCAACUAUAUUCCAAUCGAAAGGAUGCGAGAUAGAUAUAUCGUAGCAGUCUGCAACCUCAAGCCUGCGAACAUGAGAGGUAUUAAGAGCCAUGCCAUGGUUCUCUGUGCUACAUCAAAAGAGGGCAAAGAGGGUGGCAUUGAGCUGGUGGAACCGCCUGCGGGUGUCAAGGUUGGUGAGCGCGUCUAUUUCGAGGGAUAUGAAGACAAGGAGCCUGUCUCUCAGCUAAACCCAAAGAAGAAGAUCUUUGAGACGAUUCAGCCAGUUCGCUACUCGUCGGGACACCUCCUUUCGAACAAGGAGAAGGUCGCUAUGGCUCGUGGCGAAUACCUCCGAACACACUUUAAGAAUAUGCGCGAGGUGGCUGCUGCAUUGACCGGAAUGAAGCUGGAACGUGCAUACAAGUACCUCGCAGACGUCAAGGAGCACAAGCAGGUUAUUCCUUUCCGCCGCUUCUCUGGUGGUGUCGGUCGCGCCUCGCAGGCAAAACAAUUUGGUGCCGUUCAAGGUCGUUGGCCAGAAAAGUCGGUUCGAUUCAUUCUUGGUCUCUUGAAAAAUGCCGAAUCGAACGCGGAUGCGAAGAAUCUCGAGUUGGGAGAUUUGUUCAUCAAGAACAUUGUCGUCAACCAAGCCCCAAAAACCCGUCGCCGCACAUACCGUGCCCAUGGUCGUAUCAAUCCGUACCAAGGAUCACCAUGUCACAUCGAGGUCAUUGUCGGUGCCGAAGAUGAGGUUGUUGAACGAAACAAAGACAAAGAUGCAGUUGUUAGCUACCAGGGCCUCAACCGCCGACAACUCGCGAGAAAGCGAAUCGAGGCGUCGAGGGCAUGA